AGCAGAAGUGUACAAGGCUACACUCCUCUCUAUCGGACCUCUAUAAUUUUACGUUUUAGCUUCUUUUGGUCUUUUUGCAUAGUUGCUAUUUGAAUAGGGUUGCUGUUUGCAGAUUUUCAGGUGCAAAGAUGUUGGACAAAUGCCUGACGUUUGGCCGGUCCCUGGUGCGGAGGAAGGUGGUGGACAUGAGCUCUCUGGAGGAGUCUAAUCUGUGCCGUUGCCUGGGCACAGUGGACCUCAUCGCGCUGGGGGUGGGCAGUACUUUGGGGGCAGGAGUCUACGUUUUGGCUGGAGAGGUGGCUAAAGGUGACUCGGGGCCCAGUAUUGUUAUAUCUUUUCUGAUAGCAGCUCUGGCUUCUGUUAUGGCUGGACUGUGCUAUGCUGAGUUUGGGGCUCGAGUGCCUAAAACAGGAUCGGCAUAUCUAUACAGUUACGUGACUGUGGGAGAGAUCUGGGCCUUCAUCACCGGGUGGAACCUCAUUCUGUCAUAUGUCAUUGGCACGUCAUCAGUGGCCCGUGCCUGGAGUGGAACCUUUGAUGAGAUGAUUGGAGGACACAUCGAGAGCUUCUGUAAAACCUAUUUCAGCAUGAACUAUCCCGGUCUGGCCCCUUACCCUGACUUCUUUGCUGUAUGCCUCAUCCUGCUCCUCUCUGGGCUGCUGUCAUUUGGUGUGAAAGAGUCUGCCUGGGUCAACAAGGUCUUUACCCUGAUAAAUGUUCUAGUUCUGUUGUUUGUGAUCAUCUCUGGGUUCAUCAAAGGAGAUGGGGAAAACUGGAAAAUUUCAGAAGAAUCACUCAUCAAUAUGACCAUGACAAAAAGAAACUUAACCCCAGCGGUGAACGUGAGCAGUGACUAUGGGGUCGGAGGAUUCAUGCCAUAUGGAUUCAGUGGGACUUUGGCCGGAGCUGCUACCUGUUUCUACGCCUUUGUGGGGUUUGACUGUAUCGCUACAACAGGUGAGGAGGUGAAGAACCCUCAGAGGGCCAUCCCGAUUGGUAUCGUGGUGUCUCUGACCGUGUGCUUUUUGGCUUAUUUUGGCGUUUCCGCGGCGCUCACUUUGAUGAUGCCGUAUUUCCUGUUGGACGAAAAGAGCCCCCUCCCCAUGGCCUUUGAGUAUGUGGGAUGGUCUCCAGCCAAAUACGUGGUGGCCGUGGGCUCCCUCUGUGCUCUGUCCACAAGUCUGCUGGGCUCCAUGUUCCCUAUGCCUCGUGUAAUCUAUGCCAUGGCCCAGGACGGGGUGCUUUUCAAAGCCUUAGCCCGAAUCAAUCUCAAAACCAAGACUCCUCUUAUCGCCACUAUGAGCUCCGGUGUGGUAGCAGCGAUCAUGGCAUUCCUGUUUGACCUCAAAGCCCUGGUUGAUAUGAUGUCCAUUGGGACCUUGCUUGCCUACUCACUGGUGGCCGUCUGUGUCCUCAUCCUCAGGUACCAGCCAGACGGAGUCUUAGAGCGGCAGUCCGGUGUAGGGGAGAAGGACUUCCUGUCUGAGUCGGACCUCACAGAGUCAGAGUCCCACCUGAACAUGAUAAAGGGGACGGGGUCUAAUCUACAGGCCGUGCUCCAGCCCCCUUCUUCCCCCUCAGAGCAGUCCUCCUUUGUGGUCAACAUGUCUGUGGGACUUCUGGUAUUGUUGGUGUGUGUGAUGAGCUACCUGACCACGUGUCACGUCAGAGCCAUCGUGUCUCUGGAGGUUUGGGUCCUGGUCCUGCUCAGCCUCUGUCUGCUGCUCUUCAGUCUCUGUGUGCUUAUGAUCUGCAGACAGCCUCAAACCACUAAGAAAGUCUCAUUCAUGGUUCCUCUGCUGCCCUUCCUGCCCAUCGUCAGCAUCUUUGUUAACAUUUAUCUCAUGGUUCAACUCAGCGGAGAUACGUGGAUCCGCUUCUCUGUUUGGAUGGCUGUUGGUCAAGAAUAA